UACUGGCUAGGCAGGGGGGCCAGAGUCCGGGCUUGACUCAUCCCCACCUCACCAGUGCUGAGACUCCAGCUUUGUCACAGACGACACCACUCCAGCCCGGCAGAGCAGACGGCCACCGAGCCCAGCCCUUCUACUGCUUGGUCCACCAUGGAGUACCUCUCAGCCCUGAAGCCCUCAGCAGAGGGCCUACUGAGGUCAGUAUCUAAUAUGAGCUCCGAGUUCGGCCGCUGGGUCUGGACCUCAGCACCCCCACCACGGCCUUUCCGUGUCUGUGAUCACAAGCGCACCAUCCGGAAGGGGCUGACAGCUACCACCCGCCAAGAACUGCUUGAUAAGGCCCUGGAGACCCUGCUGCUGCGAGGAGAGCCAACACUGGUGCUAGAGGAGGAUGGGACGGCUGUGGAGAGUGAGGACUUCUUCCAGCUCUUGGAGGAUGACACCUGCCUGAUGGUGCUGGAUUCCGGGCAGAGCUGGAGCCCCGUCAGGAGCGGGGUGCUGUCCUACGGCCUGGGCCGGGAGAAGCCGAAGCACAGCAAGGACAUCGCUCGCAUCACCUUUGACGUGUACAAGCAAAACCCUCGAGACCUCUUUGGCAGCCUGAACAUCAAAGCCACUUUCUACGGGCUCUACACCAUGAGUUGUGACUUCCAAGGACUUGGCCCCAAAAAAGUACUCAGGGAGUUCCUGCGUUGGACCUCCACGCUGCUGCAAGGCCUGGGCCAACUGCUGCUGGGAAUUUCCUCAACCCUUCGCCACUUAGUGGAGGGGGCGGAGCAGUGGCAGCGGCAGGGUCGCCUCCGCUCCUGAGAAGGGGCCCGAGCUUCUGCCUCCGGACUCAUUCCAAGGGACUACACUGUGAGCACUGUCAGAGCGUCAGGUUUCACAACCUGCAGGCAAGAAAACACCUAAUUUCCCACUGAACUCCGACCCCAGCGUGAGCAGAAUGCCUCAUACCCUUCACCCAUACCCUCUGCCAAAGAACGUGGUCCCAUCCUAGCUAAGCUGCCAGCCCCCCACUUGCCUGAAGGCCACAAAGCCGUCCCCCCACAUCUGAUCCCAUCCUCACGGCUGCCACAUCUGGCUCUCUCCAGCUCCUCCUGUCUCUGAGCUCCCGCUCAGCACACUGAUAAGAGAUAAGAGCCCGUGGACUUUACCUUCAAAUUUCUACUUUGUUGUAUCCUUCCCACAAAAAAAUAACAAAAGCAUCUUCAAUAAAAAUAUAAAAAUG